GUAGUGUAGCUCGAGAGAGUCUCUCGGGAGGCUGGAUUAGCCACAAGUUGUGGUGAACCAGGGUAAAAUUCGGUGUGCUUCUUACUCUUCUCUUUACUUCUCUUUUAAAUUUUUAAUUCCUGCGAUUUCUCCGAUCAAACGCUAUUCACCCCCCCUCUAGCGUUGGUCUUUUAUUCUAACAAGAAGAAGAGGCAAAUCGCGAGGAAGAGAAUCAACACUCAGAGGAGGAAGAGGAACAAGAAAUGGCGGCUAAUCCUAGACGAACGAUCCUUCAAGCCUUGAGCCCGGCGUACGUAGAGGAAGAUCCCAUAGGUCUCCCCGCUAGUCAAGCCCAUUCAUUUGAAAUCAAACCAGCAAUGAUCCAAAUGGUCUCGAAUAACCAAUAUGGAGGCUCAAAGGCUGAAGAUCCAAGAGCGCACAUGCUGUGGUUUUCUAGGACCUGCCAAACGUUCCAGUCCAACGGCUUAUCCAUGGAUCGUGUUAAACUGUCGCUCUUUCCCUUUUCCCUUCGGGAUCGGGCAGCUAGAUGGUUAAAUACAUUCCCUAAUGGCCACUUCAAGACCUGGGAGGCGUUGCACCAGGCAUUCAUGCACGAAUAUUUUCCACCAUCUGCUAUGGUGAAAAUAAAGAACUCCAUCCAAAACUUCCGUCAAGCACCUAUGGAAUCGAUGUGCGAAGCAUGGGAAAGAUUCAAGGAAUUGAAGGUUAAAUGCCCACCUGCUCUAAUUGAUUCCGAUAGUUUGAUGUUCUACUUUUACCAAGGCUUAACGGUACCAUCUAAGAAGGAAUUGGACCACUCUUCUAGACUUGGUUCUUUUCUGGAGAUGACACCUGAGGAGAAUGUGGAGUUAGUAGAUAGACUUACGUCGAAUGCUAAAUAUCGGUAUGAAGACCGAGCUCCUCCUCCUAAAGCUGGCAUGUAUGAAGUAGACCAAUUCACAGCCCUCAAGGCUAGUAUGGAGAGCAUCGUGAAACAAACUAUCAAGGAACACCUAGGAGCUUCCCAUCCACGUCCUAACUUGUAUACUAAACUGGUGAAUCAAGCUGAAAUCUAUGGUUCUGGUAGUCCCCACCAGUCCGAUCUUGUCUUGUCUUGUGAGCACUGCUCUCAAAAUCAUCUUUCCUCUGCUUGUCCCUUGAUUGAACCACCCCCUCCGAGUAAGGCUAAAGACGUUAAUCUAGCACAAUACGUGAAUAAAGGGGAAGGACCUUGGGCCCAGAACAAUCAGGAGCAAUGGCGGGAGAGAAACAACUUUUUUAGAAACAAUCGUCCUAGGGAUGACUAUAAACAAGACCCAACUGAGUUCUGCAACUCAGUUAAAGUCAUAAAAGAUAAAGGGUUUGUAGAAGAUCUUCUAAGCCUAGAAAUUGCUUUUCAAGAACCUAAGUGUGAGGAGGUGUGUGUUAUCAAGACGCAAUCUGAACCCACAAACGAAGCAAAAUCUUUAGAACUUAAACCCUUACCAUCACACCUUGAGUACGCUUUCCUCGAUAGUGAGGGCCAGUGCCCUGUUGUCAUAGCCUCCGAUCUAACACCUGAUCAGAAGAAAAAAUUACUAGCUGUCCUCCGUAUGCACAAGCAAGCAAUUUCUUGGAAACUAGAGGAUAUUCAAGGAAUAAGCCCCGCUUAUUGCACACAUAAAAUAGCCAUUGAGGACGGAUUUGAACCAGUUGUGCAGGCUCAACGCAGGCCAGCAUUCCCGACUGCUAUGCGUGCCGAUGUUCACUUGGUGGGUUCAGGGCCCAUCGAGCGAUUUGAGAUGUGGGGCCGCCAUCGCUCAUUGACGGAGUCUGUGUACCUGUCCUCGGCAGUUCUCACCGAUUACGGAUACGCUGAGGAGAUGGAGCAGCUGCUACGAGGGACGAGGUGGCAUCGCCUCUUCACGAUGCGAGCUGAGUCCAGCCUGCCACUCACGAUCGAGUUUCUGUGCUCUCUUGAGCUGGAGCCGUCUACGGGGUCACGGUCGAUGAACUUCCAGUCCAUCGACUCUCAUACCACCCUCACCUUCACUCUCCUGGUGCGGGGAUUUCAGCUGACGAUCGCCGAGCUGGCCACUCACUUGGGUCUCUACUCUCGGGAGGAGACGUUUGCACCAGAGUUUGAUGCCGCACCAUACCUUCUCCCUGCGGACGUUGAUCCUGCUGACUUUUGGGCGGAACAUUCUUCCGACCCAGACCGCUUUGAGGGCAUGGGUCGGGCCAGGUUUUGGAUUCAGCCGACUUGGCGAAUCCUAUCUUUUGUGCUUUCGACAUCCUUCUUUGGGAGGCCGUUGAACACGGAUCGGGUAUACCCCGAUGACAUGAUGGUCUUCUGGAGCUUGCACACACGCCAGGAGGCGAAUGUGGCUGUCUUUGUGGCCCGAUUCCUCUACAGCUAGUCUAUGGGGAAUCGGACUCACAUUCUUGAAUAUAAUCAUCUGUUAGCCUUGGUUUGCUAAGUCUCAUGUUUUGAUGUUAACAAACAAUAUAAGAGCUUAACGUUUGUUUAAGUGUUUCAGGAAAACAAGAAUCCAUUAAGAUUCGGUACUCAAGAAUGAAGUCGAAACACUAAACUAGCGUAGAAUAUAGGUAGAAACCAAUGUAAGGAUAUGACUUUAUAUACCUAUAUUCACAAGCUCAAAAGCACUCACAAAAUAUGUUUAAAACCAUCACAUAAANACAUCUUCCACUA